ACACAAGACAGCGAGGCGAUCUGUUCCGUUUCGGGAGCAAGAGGGUGUGCGUGGAGGAGAGAACGAGGAGACGGUGUCGGUUGGUGUGCUUACAUGCCAUUUAUUGUUGAACAAAAUAUCACAGCAGCGCGACGGUUUUAACGGAGAAAUAGCGGGUUGAUCCUGUGCGGUCCCAGGGGCGGAUUUGUACGACAAUGGACCUUAACGGGAGAGCGAUGCUGACGCUCCUUGCGGUUCUGCAGGUGGUUGUCCAGGGUCAGACGACGCCACCAUGUCAGAGCGGCUUUAGUGAGAGUGUGUACACCACUGUUGUCACGGAAACGCUGAUGGAAGGACAGCCUCUUCUGAAAGUGAGGUUUGUAGACUGCAACAGGGGUUCAGUAAAGCUGGGCACAGAUGAGCCCGACUUCAGGCUCCAUACGGACGGAACCCUGUACGCCACGCGGCCCUUCCGUCUGGACCGCAAGCAGGGCCGUCAGCUAGCAGUGUGGGCGCGCGACUCAGCCAGGAAGCAGGAGUGGCACACACACGUCAACCUCACGUCUCAGAUGCGGGAGAUUCUGUUCCCAUGGCGAAGUGUGGUUGUCGCGGGAGACGGCUCGUUGUCGAGAGUGAAGAGAGACUGGGUCAUCCCCCCCAUCAACGUCCCGGAAAAUUCACGAGGACAGUUCCCAGAAGACCUUGUCACGAUCCGCUCCGACAGGGAUCGCAAUGGCCGCCUGCGCUACAGCGUGACAGGGCCGGGAGCAGAUCACCCCCCCACAGGGAUCUUCAUCAUCAACCCCAUCAAUGGGCAGCUGUCCGUCACCAAGCCUCUGGACCGCGAGGACAUCUCCAACUUUCACUUGCGAGCACAUGCAGUGGACAUUAACGGUAACCAGAUAGAGAACCCAAUUGAUAUCGUCAUCAACGUGAUCGACCAGAAUGACAACCGACCUGAGUUUGCCCAUCAGAUCUGGAAUGGGACAGUACCGGAGGGGACCAAGCCAGGUACCACUGUGAUGACUGUGACAGCCCAGGAUAAGGACGACCCGAACAUGCCCAAUGGGAUGCUCCGAUACAAGAUUCUAUCCCAACAGCCCCACAGCCCCAACCCAAACAUGUUCACCAUCAACAACAAGACUGGAGCCAUCAUCACCGUAGCUGCAGGCCUGGAUAGAGAGAAAGUGGCCCAGUACACGCUGAUCAUCCAGGCCACCGACAUGGAGGGCAACCCCACGUACGGCCUCUCCAACACGGCCACCGCCAUCAUCCGAAUCAUGGACAUCAACGACAACCCGCCAGAGUUUACCACAGACACGUUCUUCGGCGAGGUUCAGGAGAACAGAGAGAAGGUGAUCGUGGCCAACCUGACGGUGAGCGAUAAGGACCAGCCCAACACACCCGCCUGGAACGCCGUCUACCGCAUCACCGGGGGCGACAACUCCGGACGCUUCGCCAUCAUCACCGAUCCCGUCACCAACGAGGGCCACGUGACCGUGGUCAAGCCCAUCGAUUUCGAGACCACGCGCUCCUUCGUCCUGUCCGUGCUGGCGGAGAACGAGUCUCCGUUGCCGCGGAGUGUGUAUCCGCCCCGCGCGUCCACGGCGACGGUGAGCAUCCGCGUGCUGGACGUGAACGAGGGCCCGGUGUUCGAGCCCAACCCCAGGACCGUGCGCCAGGAGGAGGGCAUCCCCGCGGGCACCACCCUCCCCGCCUACAUCGCCCACGACCCCGACCGAUACAUGAGGCAGAGCAUCAGGUACUCAAAGAUCUUUGAUCCUGCCAACUGGGUGAAGAUUGACCCCAUGACUGGCCACAUCACCACCAUAGCCAUACUGGACCGUGAGUCGCCCUAUGUCAGGAACGACCACUACAACGUCACCUUCCUGGCAACGGACAAUGGCAUUCCCCCGGCGAGUGGUACAGGCACGAUGCAGAUCCUUCUGCUGGACAUCAACGACAACCCUCCGCGGGUCAGCCCGCCCGAGGUGGAGAUGUGCGAGAAGGCCGACCCGGCCGGCCUGAACAUCAGCGCCGAGGACGGUGACCUGCACACCAACGCCGGACCCUUCCGCUUCGAGCUGCCCACCCGGCCCAUUGACGUGCGCCGCAACUGGUCACUCGCACAGAUCAGCGGUGACCAUGCGCAGCUGGUAAUGAAGCAAGGCUACAUGGAGAGGGGUGUGUACGAGGUGCCCAUCAUCAUCACGGACUCGGGACACAUGCCCAUGUCCAACACGUCAUACCUGCGCGUCAAGGUGUGCAUGUGCGAUCACCAUAGCAACUGCGUGGACAUGGAGCGCAUCAUGGCGGCGGGGAUCGGAACGGGAGCCAUCAUAGCCAUUCUCAUCUGUAUCAUCAUCCUGCUGGUGCUGGUGCUGGUGUUUGUGAUGUGGCUGAAGAGGAGGGAUAAGGAGCGGCAGGCCAAGCAGCUGCUCAUCGACCCCGAGGACGACGUGCGCGACAACAUCCUCAAGUACGACGAGGAGGGCGGCGGAGAAGAGGACCAGGACUAUGACCUGAGCCAGCUGCAGCAGCCGGAGCUGGACCAUGAGGUCAUCAAGCCCAUGGGCGUCCGGCGGAUGGACGAGAGGCCACUACACCCAGAGCCACAGUACCCAAUCCGCUCGGCCGCGCCACACCCUGGAGACAUCGGAGACUUCAUCAGCGAGGGUUUGCGAGCUGCGGACACUGACCCCACGGCGCCGCCCUACGACUCGCUGCUGGUGUUCGACUACGAGGGCAGCGGCUCCACGGCCGGCUCGCUCUCCUCCCUGCACUCGUCGGUCAGCGGCAGCGACCAGGACUACGACUACCUCAGCGACUGGGGCCCCCGCUUCCGCAAGCUGGCCGACAUGUACGGGGGCUACGACGACUAGUGAUUGCACGUGAAAGCACACACACAGACACACACACACACACACACACACACACACACACACACACACACACAUGCGCUCACAUAUGUAUACAUGCUCACAAAACAUGCGUGGAAGAAUGGGAGGAUGACAUGAAAAAGUGAAUAUGAAAAGAAAGGAAACAAAAAAAAGAAAAACGAAAAACACAUGACAUGGCACUUUGAAUGAUUUGGACAUGCCGGUGGACAUGGACGUGGAUGGAUGUGGACAUGCUUGUAGAACCUCAAAAAUGUUUUUGUUUUUGUUAUUUCCUCCCAUGAGAGUGUGAGAGAGCAAGAGAACGGUACGGAAGAGGUGGUCACCGUGGUAACAGAGGCCAAGUCUCUGGAGGACCACCCUUGCUUCGUGAAUACCUCCUGGCAAAAAAAGAGGGAACCUCCGCACGAGAGGAAACGGCAGGAGAACAUUGCGGGAACGUUGCGAUAACACUUGAAUCUCACAGUCCAGAAGCACUGGGAUAUAUAUUGUGCCUUUUUGUACAUUUAUGUUUGGUUUCGCUGUCGGCUUUUUUUGUUUUUUUGUUUUCUUUUUUUUUUCCAGUUUCGUUCGUCCUGUUAUUCGGGCUUUAAAAAGCUGUGGUGAGGACGCGAGUUGGGUUUGAACAUGUCGCAAACGCAUUCCAAAACGACUCUCCAAAACAAACCUGCUCUAGGCUGGGCCCUAACGACAGAAAAGUCUGCGCGUGCUCGUGUAGUUUGGAAGGUGUUUUCAGUAACCUGUUCUGCUCAAAACCGUAUGUGCAAGGCUUUAUUCUACCGCUGGCUCUGGUGCACACAGCUCUGUCUCCAGGCCCACAUCACAGCCGUGUACAGAACGGAUGCUAGAUUUGUUUUUUUUUUGUUUUUUUCGUCUGUUUUUACUGUCUGUUUGGCUUCAUGGUUUUCAGUUGGCUGUUGGAAUUGCACACCAGGACACUAAUAUGGUGUUUUUUUCUUCUUAAUUCUCUGGAAUGGUUGUGUUUCUCAUUUAUUUAUUGCAAAUUCAUGCAUACUUAAUUUGCCUUAGUCAUUCUAUUUCAUACUGUUUUUGCAUUUUUGUCACUGGAUAAAUAUGUCUGUAAAUAGGACUUUCUUUUUGCUUUUUGUUCAUUUUUGAUGUAGUCUAUGAGGAAUUGCAUAAAGUGCAGACUUGUAUAUGUAUCAUUUGGACUACCGAAGGAAGUUUUUUUGCAUGUUUUUAUCUUUUCAGUAUAAAAAAAAAUGGUAUUUCCAAAAUUUAUUUGCAAAGCGAAGCGCCAACCCCCCUCAUUGGAGAUACCACGUAAAAGAAAAGGAUCGCACACAUGGGACCCUGCGAGGUGGUCGAGACUGACCGCCCAGGAUGAUUAGCGUGGACACUAACGUGACCAGCGGUCGAAUGGGAAUCCAUAUGAACUUGACUGGGAUCAGAUCAGUGCACUGUUGUGGUGAAUCUCGUUGGUGGAUCUCUGUUCUCGGACCAGUUCUUGAAUGUUUGGAAUGGGGACCAGUUUUGGAUGCUGAGCUGGUCGCUGUUGUCGCUGUUGUACUGAGCCCUAAACCAUAGUGGUAUGGGGGGAGGGGGAUGGCUAAAAUGGUGUUUGUGACUCAAACCA